CGAGUUCAUGUAUAAGCCGGGGAACAUGAGUGCAGCGCCCCCUGUGGUGACUCCGCACCAGCCCAGGCUGGACUGGCAGAUGUGGUUUGCUGCUUUGGGGCCGCACGCACAGAGCCCCUGGUUCAGCAGCCUCCUACACAGACUCCUGCAGGGCAAACGAGACGUGAUCAGACUCAUUCAGACAGAUGAGUCUCAGUAUCCGUUCAGCAAACAGCCUCCUGCAUACCUCCGAGCUCACCGCUACAAAUACUGGUUUAGUGAGCCCAAAGAGGACGAGUAA